AACACGUCAGUGUAGUGAAGUGUAGGAGCCGGCUGAUCACCGUCGUCUUUCUGUCCUCUACAUCCGCCUGCUUCUGUCUCCAGAUGCUGUAAAUUCUUCUGAAUACAGCAGAUUAAUUUGCCCUUUUCCAAACCCGAGGCCAACCUGAUACACAAGCUCGGUGAUGGCGACCUACCAGGAGUUCAUCCAACAGAACGAGGACAGGGAUGGGGUGAGAUUCAGCUGGAACCUCUGGCCCUCCAGCCGCCUGGAAGCCACCAGGCUAGUGGUCCCGGUCUCCUGCCUCUUCACACCACUCAAGGAGAGGCCCGACCUGCCACCGGUCCAGUAUGAACCAGUUCUGUGCAGCCGGGCCAACUGCAAGGCAGUCCUCAACCCACUAUGUCAAGUUGACUUCAGAGCAAAAAUCUGGGCGUGCAACUUCUGCUUCCAGAGGAACCCUUUCCCUCCCUCUUAUGCAGGCAUAUCAGAGGUGAACCAGCCGGCUGAACUCAUGCCACAGUUCUCUACCAUCGAGUACAUAGUACAGCGUGGACCGGCGGCCCCUCUGAUCUUCCUGUACGUAGUGGACACGUGUUUGGAAGAAGAGGACCUCCAGGCCCUCAAAGAGUCCCUGCAGAUGUCCCUCAGCCUGCUGCCGCCCAACGCCCUGGUGGGCCUCAUCACAUUCGGACGCAUGGUUCAGGUUCACGAGCUCAGCUGCGAGGGGAUCGCCAAGAGCUACGUGUUCAGGGGCACCAAGGACCUGUCGUCCAAACAGAUCCAGGAGAUGCUGGGUUUAAUGAAGCCGGCGGCAGCAGGACAACAAGGUCGCCCAGCGGCUCCUCAGGACGCUGCAGCCUCUUGCAGGUUCCUUCAGCCCGUUCACAGAGUCGAUAUGAAUCUGACCGACUUGCUGGGUGAGCUUCAGAGGGACCCCUGGCCCGUCCCUCAGGGCAAACGGCCCCUCCGCUCCACCGGCGUCGCUCUGUCUGUUGCUGUUGGUCUGCUGGAGGGUACGUUCCCCAACACCGGGGCUCGUGUGAUGCUGUUCAUCGGAGGGCCCCCCACCCAGGGCCCAGGCAUGGUGGUGGGAGACGAGCUGAAGACCCCCAUCCGCUCCUGGCACGACAUCCAGAAAGACAACGCUCGCCAUCUGAAGAAAGCCACGAAGUACUAUGAAGCCAUGGCCAACCGCUCAGCAGUGAACGGCCACUGUAUUGAUAUCUACGCCUGUGCUUUGGACCAGACGGGACUGCUGGAGAUGAAGUGCUUAUCUAACCUCACCGGGGGGCACAUUGUGAUGGGAGACUCCUUCAACACCUCCCUGUUCAAGCAGACCUUCCAGAGAGUCUUCAGCAAAGAUUACAACGGAGACUUCCGCAUGGCCUUCGGAGGCGUCAUGGAGGUCAAGACAUCAAGGGAAUUGAAGAUCUGCGGGGCCAUCGGGCCGUGUGUUUCUCUCAACUCUAAGGGUCCCUGUGUUUCAGAGAACGAGAUGGGUAUCGGUGGCACGAGCCAGUGGAAAGUGUGUGGUAUCAACCCCUCCACCACUUUGGGCCUUUAUUUUGAAGUGGUGAAUCAGCACAAUGCACCAGUCCCCCAGGGCGGAAGAGGGGCCAUCCAGUUCGUAACCCAGUACCAGCACUCCAACACUCAGAGGAGGAUACGGGUCACUACCAUCGUCAGGAACUGGGCAGAUGCACAGUCCCAAAUCCAGCACAUCGAGUCCUCGUUCGACCAGGAAGCGUCGGCGGUGCUCAUGGCUCGUCUGGGGGUCUUCAGGGCCGAGUCGGAGGAGGGGCCGGACGUCCUGCGUUGGCUGGACCGGCAGCUCAUCCGCCUGUGUCAGAAGUUCGGCCAGUUCAACAAAGACGACCCGACAUCCUUCAAACUGUCAGAGUCUCUGUCCCUCUACCCACAGUUCAUGUUCCACCUGCGGCGGUCGCCCUUCCUGCAGGUGUUCAACAACAGCCCCGAUGAGUCCUCCUACUACAGACACCACUUCGUCAGGCAGGACCUGACCCAGUCCCUCAUCAUGAUCCAGCCCAUCCUCUACUCCUACUCCUUCCACGGACCACCAGAGCCCGUUCUCCUGGACAGCAGCAGCAUCCUGCCAGAUCGAAUCCUGCUGAUGGACACUUUCUUCCAGCUGGUUAUCUACCACGGAGAGACCAUCGCCCAGUGGCGGAAGGCCGGCUACCAGGAAAUGGCCGAGUACGAGAACUUCAAACAGCUGCUGCAGGCUCCUCUGGAUGACGCCCAGGAGAUCCUCCAGACACGUUUCCCCAUGCCGCGCUACGUCGACACGGAGCACGGAGGCUCCCAGGCUCGUUUCCUGCUCUCUAAGGUCAACCCCUCACAGACCCACAACAACCUCUACGCCUGGGGACAGGAGUCGGGAGCCCCGAUCCUCACUGAUGACGUCAGCCUGCAGGUCUUCAUGGACCACUUGAAGAAACUGGCCGUCUCCAGCUCUGCAUAAAGUCAAAGUCUCUAUUCCACCACGAAGCGACGAGGAGUGAUCCGACAUUCCCCAUCUGACAAGGGAUCCAUUCACAUUUCUCCAUUUUGUUUGUAAAAGGAGCCAAACCCAGAGAGUCCACUGUAUGUUUGCUUGAUUGUGACCUUUCUGGAGUCAUGUGUGACAUAUCCAUACAAGAAGAUGAAGGAGGGGAAGGAACAUAGCACAUUCCUAAUUAAUUAAUUAAUGAGUGACAUUUCUACUCAUUUCCAUUAACUUGUUAUUUAUAAGAACCGCCUCCAGUGCUCCAGACUGUCCUCAUGUAAGCAAUAUCAACCCCUCUAUCUCUUUUAUAUUUGAUAUUACCUCUGACAUGCAGAAUGAUUAGACUAAUAAUAAUUAUUAUUUUUGUUUUCUUUUUGUUCGUUCGUCCUAAAAAAUGUGUGUCUACUGCAUCCGACUCGGUUGAAAGAGCUGUUUAAAUAAGAUGUGUUUGCUUUGUCUAUAGCUUAAAAAUGACAUGCCUAGAAUUUUCUCAUUAAUAAAUUAUAAUGGAACUUCUAAUGCUGGUUAAGUAAUGUUCACGGGGCCGAUCGGUCUUCACACCGAUGGCUUUAUUAAUCACAUUUGACAUAUAUAAAUAAAUGAAAGAAAUCCUAAAUGGAUUAUACCUUUUUUUAAUUGUUUUCCAAGAAAAUUCCCUCUGAAUAAUGAGGAUUAAAGUUCUGAGAAAUGGAAGUCAAUCACAUCAACUCAACUGGGACUUGACUGUUUUUCAAUGACGAACAUUUAGAUUUGUUUUUGACUUUAUAGAGCACUCUAUAGUCCGCUCCUCAUCUCGUCUCGUCACCAUCUGGUAUUUUGCACCCAAUGAUUGCCCAAGUGUCUUUGUAAUCAAACUUUAAUAUACUGUUAGACUGUAUCAAAAGGGACAGUUGUUUGAUUUAGAUCCUGUCUGGAUUCGUAAUGCUAUCCAUAUAAAGCCCUGUCGGCAGGAAACCAAA